AUGUCUUUUGUGUACCAAGCUGACGCUGAUUUAGAAUCCAAAGCUAAAAAAGCUGCUGAGCGGAUCUCAGAAAACAUGCACAUAGUGGCAAAUGAGCCUUCCUUGGCUCUUUACAGGUUACAAGAGCAUGUUCGAAAAGCACUUCCUCCAAUGGUAGAGAGGAGAGUAGAUGUAACUAAACUGCAGCAUGAACUGCAAGGUCGUUGCUAUGAUGUUGAAUAUGCUUUGAGUGCUGUAAAAUCAAUGGACGGAGCCGUAACUAGCUUCCAAAAUAUACAAGACAUGUUGAAACAAGCAAUUUUUUUGAAGCAACAAUUAAAAUAUGAGGAGGCUAGGAGAAAUAAAAAAGAUACGAAUUCUGUGUACAAACGUCUCUCUGCUCACAUUGUUCUUGACUUGCCAGACCUCUCUGAUUUUCCUAUGGUCCGUGAAACCACAAAUAGAAUUGAAAAUAUUAUGGCUCAUGCCCGUGGCUCUAAUAAUGAGUUGCAUAGAUCGCAUACAACUUUACAUUAA